GCGGAGCGGCCCGGCGGGGGUGGGCUGGGCCGGGCUGCCCGGGGUUGUUUAUCUGGAGUACGGAGGGGCGCGGGGAGCCUGGAAACCGCCCCGUGUCCCAUUUCCUCCUCUUGUUUUCGCUCCGGAUUCUCCAUGUUGGACCCAAAGUGAGGAGCCCCAGAGCCGCCUCCGGGGGGGAUCGGGGCCCGGGAGGGGGACCCCGGUGGGCUGAGCCGCUGCCCCAGCAGGCCCGUCCUCCGACCCCUCCUUGCAGCGGCCCGGCUCGUCUCCCUUCGCCUGCCCCGGUGCCGGGAUGUGAGCGAGCAGCCGCGGGAUCGGGAGUGCGCGAUCGGAUCCCCCCCAAAUCGGACCCGAUCGGGGCCCCCCCAGUCCUGCCCGGUCCUCCAGCCAGCCAGCCAGCCAGCCAGCCCGGGCCCGCGGGAUUGUUAGAUGGAACACGGCUCCAUCAUCACCCAGGCGCGGAGGGAAGACGCCCUGGUGCUCACCAAGCAAGGCCUGGUCUCCAAGUCCUCUCCUAAGAAACCUCGUGGACGUAACAUCUUCAAGGCCCUUUUCUGCUGUUUCCGUGCCCAGCAUGUUGGCCAGUCAAGCUCCUCCACUGAGCUCUCUGCAUAUAAGGAGGAAGCCAACACCAUUGCUAAGUCGGAUCUGCUCCAGUGUCUCCAGUACCAGUUUUACCAGAUCCCAGGGACCUGCCUGCUCCCAGAGGUGACAGAGGAAGAUCAAGGAAGGAUUUGUGUAGUUAUUGACCUGGAUGAAACCCUUGUGCAUAGCUCCUUUAAGCCUAUCAACAAUGCUGACUUCAUAGUGCCUGUAGAGAUUGAGGGAACCACUCACCAGGUUUAUGUGCUCAAGAGGCCUUAUGUGGACGAGUUCCUGAGACGAAUGGGGGAACUCUUUGAAUGUGUUCUCUUCACUGCCAGCCUGGCUAAGUAUGCUGACCCUGUGACAGAUCUGCUGGACAGGUGUGGGGUGUUCCGGGCCCGCCUUUUCCGGGAGUCCUGCGUGUUCCACCAGGGCUGCUAUGUUAAGGACCUCAGCCGCCUGGGAAGGGACCUGAGGAAAACACUCAUCCUGGACAACUCCCCUGCUUCGUACAUCUUCCACCCUGAGAAUGCAGUACCUGUGCAGUCUUGGUUUGAUGACAUGGCAGACACUGAGCUGCUGAACCUGAUUCCGAUCUUUGAGGAGUUGAGUGGAGCAGAGGAUGUCUAUACCAGCCUUGGGCAGCUGCGGGCCCCUUAGCCUUCAUUGCUUCUGAGCAAUGGCAUUCCCAGUAGGGGACUUUCUACACUGUGCCUUCAUGAUCAGCCUGACAGACAAGCCGGAAGUUGGAGCACCUCACCAAAUCAGGCCUGGAAACAGAAGUUACUGCAAAGCUUUAGGACAGGUUAAGGGCAGAAUGGGCAGAUGUCAAACCAAGAAUACCCAGAGAGAGCCACCUGUUCCCUGAGUUGGGUUCCCAAGCUGUAUGUAUGUGUGGAUGCAGAUGUGGGUGUUGUGUGUGUGACCUUGAACCAUAACCUCGGAUGUGUGUCUUGCCACUUGGGAGGAAAGAUCAACACUCGCCCCAUGUUAGUCUGUCUCCUAUCCAGUUAUCCUAAGAGCCACCUGCGUGCUCUAGGGAUGAAGACUAUUGAAGGCCUGUUGCCAUACCCAUGAUUCCUCAGUGUUGUAAGGCUUCUGCCAAGAUGAAAGAGAAGGAUCAGAGGCUGCCUUCUGGUCAGAGGUACCUAUCCAGGCACACACUUGACUGAAACCUUUCUCCAGCCAGUUGCUGCAGUCAGAAAGAUAAUGCUUCUAGGAAGAAGACUUGUUUCCACAGCUGGCUGCCCCAGUGUUCACCAAGCCCUUUGGCCCAAGCGCUGUGCCUGCCUCCAGUCUGGGUACCGAGCUUUUCCCCUGUCUCCCUAAGACUUGGGUACCAGGCCUGCCUUCCUCAUCACCUAGCCAUAGUCAUCACCACAUGAGGAAGGAGGUCAUUUCCCUGACCCGGAAGAGGACAGAUCACUGAUUUCCGUUCUUUUGACUCUUAAAAUUCUCUUUCUAAACAUGGAGUGUUGAACCUGUUCUGUUUAUGACAAAGCUGCCAUCC